GAUGUCUAGUUUCUCAGAAAGACAUGAGCUCAUGGUGGCUGCAGCCCUCGACGCUUUGGAGUCGCCUUUAAAGCCAGCGCGCCUGGAGAGCCUCCAUCAACCGCAACCUCAUCGUCCGCCCGCACUCGCCACAAUCCUCCGUCUCCCAAACCCUUCUCAGACCUCAAACGUCGAGGAUUGGCUCGCAUCUUUGGACGAGGACCGAAAACAACACUCCAAGUCGGACAGUCACUGAACUCGCAUCUCCCGUUUCUUCCAGUCGACAAGAAUCCUGUCCGAAUUGGAAAUUCCCAAGAAGCCCACUUCACCAGACCCAACUCCGGAAACCUCUCCGGAGAGCAGAGCCUCAUGUUCCCUGGUUGGAGCCCCUCGCUACCGGGAACGCAACCUCGAACAUAACAACAUCCACUUGCGCAGCAUGAGUGAGAAGCUUCCUAAGCAUGUUCAGGGUCUUGUGGAUGAUAUGUUUAAAGAACCGACGUCAACGGCGCCGAAGUAAUAGUGACCGAUUACCUCCAAAAAAACAUUUUCGAAGAUCCUACGCAUUCAAGGAGACUUGAAGGUCUAGGUAUGACGAAGGGAUUUUACCCUUUACACAGAGAACAUAUUCCAAGCUCCAACGAUUCGGAGAUCUAUCUUCCAGUAAGUCAGCCGAAGCCGGAUAUCCUUUACGGCUACUUCUGGAAAGACUUCACAUCGAGACAGCAGAGACAAUUCAUGACUAUGGAUGGCAUCGAAUAUACUGCCAACAGUCAAGGACUCAUCUAUCCAUUUUUCGUCAUCGAAUUCAAAGGUGACGGGCUUGGUCCUACCGCGGGAAGCCUCUGGGUCGCCACGAACCAAUGUCUAGGAGGCGCGGCAACCUGUAUCAACAUGGCCGAAAAGCUCAACCGAUAUAUCGAACGACUCUCGAUGUCAUCGACUGUUUCACCGUGGACACGACGGUCUUCAGCAUCGCCAUGAACGGAAGCGAAGCCCGCCUCUUGGUAUCAUGAAAGGAAGACGACGGGAGCGGCGGAAUAUACUAUACCCAGCAAAUCGGAGGGGCUUUGGUAUAUCUGCCUGAACAUUACCUCCUCUUGCGCCGCUUUACCCGGAAUGUACUCGAGUGGGGAAGAGACCGUCGCCGUACUCAAAUCGGUGCAGUUCUCGACAGUGUUCAGUCCGGGAAGAAGAGAAAGCUCGAUGCCAUGUCUCAAGAUGCCAUCGAGGGCGAUUCCAAACGUUCGCGGCGAUGAUCGGCGCGUUGAAAGCUUGGGGGCAAAGCGUCCGAGAGUCAAGAGUGGUAUGCACCCGCCGCCGGAGGCAGGCAGCAUCGAUGAUAGGAGAGCUCCCUUUGGCAGGUCCAGAGGAGCAACCAAUGCUGACGGAUGACUGACUAGGAAUGUUACUGAGAGCCUCUCCGAAAAAGACUCCCAGAGUUGUCUGAGCUGUGCGAGUUGCAUGAGUUGCAUGAGUUUGUAUGAGUUUGCUUGAAUGUAAAACCAAAGAGGGGUCAGGGGCACUCGACCGACGCUCGAAGUAAGUGAAUAGGUGAGUGAGUGAGUGCCCUGCAGAGGGAGUGCUGAGUGAAAUAAAUGUUGGAGUUCUGGGAGUCCUUCUACCCUCUACCCUCUACUCUAUGGCCUCUGGCCUCUGCCUUUUCGCCUGCGAGUGUCGACUGAGACUGACCGAGUGCUCAAUUUCCCUGUGCUCGCUGCAUUCGCUAUGCCCCACUCUCAAUAAGUAUGACUAGCGGCCAAUCAGAACCCACGCUUUUCGUCCCAAAAUCACUUUCUGUCCAACC